GGUCUUCGAGCCGGAAGUGUUUGCGGCCUGUAGUCCAGGGCCUGGAUUUUGGGGAGUGUCCGAGAGCCGCCGGUCCCGGUCCCGCUGAACCCGGUCCCGAGCCCCGCUGAACCCCAGAGCCGCCGGUCCCGGUCCCGCCGUCACCAUGAUCCUGCUGGAGAUCAACAACCGCAUCGUGGAGGAGACGCUCAGCCUGAAGCUGGAGAACGCGCUGGCGGGCAAUAAACCUGACACAGUGGAAGUGACUUUUGCAGAUUUCGAUGGGGUCCUCUACCACAUUUCCAACCCGAAUGGGGAUAAGACCAAGGUGAUGGUCAGCAUUGCCCUGAAGUUCUACAAAGAACUGCAGGAUCAUGGGGCAGACGAGUUACUGAAGCGAGUGUACGGCUCUUACCUUGUGGCUCCUGAACCAGGGUACAACGUGUCUCUGCUGUUUGACCUGGAGAGCAUUCCACCCAACAAGGCGGAGGUGGUGCACCAGGCUGGCAUGCUGAAGAGGAACUGCUUCGCCUCCGUCUUCGAGAAGUACUUCAACUUCCAGGCAGAGGGAAAGGAGGGAGAGAAGCGAGCCCUGAUUCAUUACCGUGACGAUGAGACCCUGUAUGUGGAGGCCAAAAAGGACCGAGUGACGGUGGUCUUCAGCACGGUGUUCAAGGACGAUGAUGAUGUUGUGAUUGGGAAGGUCUUCAUGCAGGAGUUCAAAGAAGGUCGGAGAGCAAGCCACACCGCGCCCCAGGUGCUGUUCAGCCAUCGAGAGCCGCCCCUGGAGCUGAAGGACACUGAUGCGGCUGUGGGUGACAACAUCGGCUACAUCACCUUCGUGCUGUUCCCUCGUCACACCAACCCCAGCACCCGUGAUAACACCAUCAACCUGAUUCACACCUUCAGGGAUUACCUGCAUUACCACAUCAAGUGUUCCAAGGCUUACAUCCACACCCGCAUGAGGGCCAAGACCUCGGACUUCCUCAAGGUGCUGAACCGCGCACGGCCUGAAAGUGAGAAGAAGGAAAUGAAGACCAUGUCGGGGAAGACCUUUACAGCCCGAUAAUAAAGCCAGCGGCCAUUGAUCGGUGUGGAGAGCCCGUGAGCCCCUCCUCCCCCCCAACCUCUUCCCCCCCCCCCCCACACACACACAACAGGCACAACCAUCGCCGAUGUCAGUGGGACCCUUCCCUGUGCAUUCCUGGAAAUAUUUCAUUCCCGUGAUUAUUUCACAAGCUGCCCUUGUAUUGAUUUUCUGCUUCAUGGUGCCCCGGGACCCUUCCAAUGGAAUAAAAACUCUUUCAGGCGCUGUCUUCUAACAUUUUGCUGUUCCUUCCCAUGGCCCAUAACAUCUUGAUUCAGUAUGUUCCACCCACCCCUGAACUGUGCAGCAGCGCUGGCUGAGACUGUCGCACUUCCAAAUCAAUAAACUUUUUGUAUGUCA